CUUGCACAUUGGCCCAAUUCUCAUCUCAUCCUGUCUCAACGCCACCCUUGAUCUUGAUUUGGCAUUUUCAGCUGGAUCUUGAUCUUACUAAAGCCUUGUUUGAUUCUAUACACUACGAUAACUACAUAACCUGGAUGACCCUGUCUGAAGCCGUCUGACUCUUCUGUUCACUACCUACACUACCUCAAACACAGCUCCUCCUUCUCCUACUCCCACCCCUAGCACCUUCAACCCUUGAUCCCUUGGUAAUUUCAACAUCAUCCUCACCACCACCACCACCACCAAUCCUGAUGGCAGAUACACGUCCUUCUAAGAAACUGGCCAUGCCCAGUGAAUCCGAAUUAGUCUCCUUCGAACAUGGCGCCGCAGGACACGAUGGCAUAUCCUCCAAUGCAUCUGGAUCUCUCCUGAUCAAGCCAUGCGUACAAGCAGAAAUUGACUUUUACGAAUCUGCCAAAGACCAUCCAAUGUUCCAAGCCCACAUGCCAACAUUCAUUGGAGCACUAAACCAACACGACGACCAAGACGCCGUGGCACCAUUAUUAGAAUCAAACACCAACGGAGUAGUUGCUCCUCCUCCCCCGGCUGAAGGCGUCGACACCACCACCAAUGAUCCAAUCCCAACCCCCGGCCCCAUCAAACGUGCAUCUACAUGGAAACCCUCCGGCGGACAGAAACUCGACACCGGCCUCGCCAUCGUACUAGAAAACGUCACAGCCGGAUUCACACGACCCAAUGUUCUGGACGUCAAACUCGGCGCUCGCCUAUGGGAUGACGACGCCCCGAUGUCGAAACGCCGUCGACUCGACGAAGUUGCCGCAGAAACCACCAGUGGGAGUCUAGGGUUCCGGGUUGCGGGUAUGAAAAUCUACGUUGGCCCAACCCCGUCUUCCGACUCAGAAGAAGAACCAAAUGUCGAGUUUAAGGAUGGAUAUAUGUCCUAUAACAAGAAUUACGGCCGUGGAUUUGAUGAGACUAAUGUUUCCAAUGCAUUUACUACUUACCUUGGCAUCAAUUCCAAGAAUCCCGAGACGGUCAAGCCACGGGCAAAGUUACUGGCUAGCAGGAUUUUGCGCGAGUUGGAGAGCAUUCAAUAUGUUUUGGAAAAUGAAGAGAGUCGCAUGUAUUCGGCUAGCGUUUUGUUCGUGUAUGAAGGGGAUGAUGAGGCGUUGGAGACCGGGUUGAAGAUUGAACACGAGGCUGCUGAAAAAGGAAACCAAGAAGGUGUUGACGAAGACGAUGAAGAAGAAGAACCUAUGGAGGAUGAAGAUGGAGAUGAGAUUGUGCCACAGAGAGUUCUUGAGACCAGACUCAUUGAUUUUGCUCAUGCUAGCUGGACACCUGGAAAAGGUCCGGACGAGAAUGCUCUGCAGGGCAUUAGGAGUCUCAUUGCUAUUUUCAAACAGUUGCUGGAUUCUUAGAGACGCUGACUGGGUUUGUAUCUGGGGGAAUAGAACCCUAUCUACCAUCCUGAAUUCAUGAUGUCUC